UUUGGAUUUAACUUUGAUUUUAUUUAUUUAUUUUUGGAAAAGCCCCACACAACCCAGAGGGCAUGAGACAGGCCCUGCAAGGACAAGAUUUUGGUGUGCGUACUGUAGGGGAUGAAAGAACUUCAAAAACUGAUAAAUAUUUACUGGAAUCAGAGACAGAGGUUAAUAAAAAGCAAAACCCAAAAACAAAAAGGAGAAAAAAGAGCCUAAAAUCAAAUCAGGUUGGUUUUCUUCACACAGAAGGAGAGAGGUAAGGAAAGGAAAAGCAAGAGAUAGAGACACCCAUGAAAGAUCAGAAGUUGCCAAGUGAGUAGAGAUAUAUCUGAGAAAAAGACUUCUUCCUCUUGUGCAACUUAGAUAUACUUUGACAAGAAAGCUUUGAUCCUCUCUCUCUCUCUCUCUCUCUCUCUCUCUCUCUCUCUGAGUUGGAUUUUGCUCCUAGUACAGCUUCCAUAGUUCCUUUAGAAUUGAAAAGCAAACUGAGUUACACUGUUGGAGAGAGAGAUGGGAAUGGUCUAAAAGAGAGUCUUGCAUGGCGAGCCACGGGGUUGGAGAGACUGGUUUAUCAGACUCAGGUCCUUCUAAUCACCAUCUCCCUUAUGCAGCUAUUCAUGGAAUCAACACUCCAUCUACCAGUUUCUUUAAUCAAGAAGGAUCUUCUUUUGAUUUUGGAGAGCUGGAAGAAGCAGUUCUGCAAGGAGUUAAGAUUAGGAGUGAUGAAGCCAAAGCACCUUUAUUCAGACCUGCAGCUACUCUGGAAAUGUUCCCCCCAUGGCCAAUAAGAUUCCAGCAAACACCAAGAGUAGGAAGUUCAAAGUCAGGAGGUGAGAGUAGCGACUCAGGAUCAGCAGUGAACACUCUUUCAAGCAAGGCUGAGGCCCAGCUGGACCCAGAAUCUCCUAUCAGCAAGAAGGCAUCUUCUUCAGAUCAUCAGUCUUUUGAUCAGAAGCAUCUACAGCUUCAACAGCACCAGCAACAAAUAGAGAUGGCAAGUGAUACCUCAAGAACAGGAGGACCCUCAGAACUGAAUACAUCCCCUGCCAAACCACCUCAAGAAAAGAGGAAGGGUUCAACAUCAGAGAAACAGCUUGAUGCAAAGACAUUGAGACGUUUAGCUCAAAACAGAGAAGCUGCAAGGAAGAGCCGGCUUAGAAAGAAGGCUUAUGUGCAACAGCUAGAAUCCAGUAGAAUAAAGCUCACCCAAUUAGAGCAAGACCUCCAAAGAGCCCGCCAGCAGGGGUUGUUCUUAGGUGGCUGUGGUGGUGCUGGUGGCAAUAUGAGCUCUGGAGCUGCAAUAUUUGAUAUGGAGUAUGCAAGAUGGUUAGAGGAUGACCACAGGCACAUGUCAGAGCUUAGAACAGGAUUGCAAGCACAUUUAUCAGAUGGUGACCUAAGGGUUAUAGUAGAUAGAUACAUUUCACAUUAUGAUGAAAUUUUCCGGUUGAAAGGAGUGGCAGCUAAAUCUGAUGUGUUUCACCUGAUUACCGGAAUGUGGUCUACUCCUGCUGAGCGUUGCUUCCUCUGGAUGGGUGGUUUUAGGCCAUCAGAGCUCAUCAAGAUGUUAACAUCUCAGUUAGACCCAUUAACACAACAGCAACUAAUGGGAAUUUACAGCCUCCAGCAUUCCUCACAGCAAGCAGAAGAGGCUCUCUCCCAGGGCUUGGAGCAGCUCCAACAGUCUCUAAUUGACACCAUUGCUACUGGUCCAGUAAUCGAUGGCAUGCAGCAAAUGGCAGUAGCUUUGGGGAAGCUUGCCAAUCUUGAAGGUUUCGUUCGCCAGGCUGAUAAUUUGAGACAACAAACCCUUCACCAAUUGCGCCGGAUAUUGACUGUAAGGCAGGCUGCUCGGUGUUUUCUAGUGAUCGGAGAGUAUUAUGGCCGGUUACGAGCAUUAAGCUCCCUCUGGGCAUCUCUUCCUCGAGAGUCUUUGAUGGGGGAGGAGAAUACAUGCCAAGCAACGACUGAUCUACAAAUGGUUCAACCACCACAAAAUCAUUUCUCAAACAUUUGAAGAAGAAGAAGAAGAAGAAGAAGAAGAUGACAGCUGCCUGAUAUAUUUAGUGCUUAAAAAUUCAUGUGUUCUUCUGAUAAAUCAAUGGUGUGCUGUUGUUAUAGGUUUAUUAAUUUGAGCUACUUUUAGAGGAGAGAUAGGAUUUAUUAUUAUUAUUAUUUUUUAUUAUCUUUAACAUGAUUACUUAUGUUAUCCUUGUAAAUGUAAAUCAACCUUAUAUGUGCA